AUGCUAGCAGCAGCAGCAGAGGGGCUCCCCCGGAGCCCCUCGCAGCUGCAGCAGCAGCAGCAGCAGCAGCAGCAGCAAGAGCGACAGUCCCGCCGGCCGCUGCGCCUCCCGCUGCUCCUGCUGCAGCUGCUGGGGCAGCAGCAGCAGCUGCUGCUGCUCCUGCUGCUGCUGCUGCGGGCCGCAGCAGCAGAAGGCACCCCAUAUGACCCCUAUGCAGCAGCAGCUGUGGGGCCCCACAGCCACCUUAACUAUUACCCGCCGCCUCCAUACAACCCUACGCAUGCAGCUGAGCAGCAGCUGCGGCAGCUGCAGCAGCUGCAGCAGCAGGAGCAGCAGCUGCGGCAGCAGGAGCAGCAGCUGCGGGAGCUGCAGCAGCAGGAGCUGCAGCUGCAGCGGCAGCAGCAGCAGGAGCUGCAGCUGCGGCAGCUGCAGCUGCAGCAGCAGCAGCUGCCCGGCAGCCCCUUCCCGCCCCCCUACGAAUACGGCUUUGCUGCUGCUGCUGCUCCUGCUGCAGCUGCUCCCGCUGCUGCGCCCACCGCAGCAGCAGCAGCAGCAGCAGCAGCAGCAGCAGCAGCGGGGCGGCUGCCGCCGUACGUGCCGCAGCCGUUUAACUACACAAGAGAGUUUUUAAAAUCUUUAGCAGCAAUUAAAAAAAUAAAAAAUAAAAAAAUAAAUAAAGUUUUUUCUCUUUUGAAAGAACUCAAAUCCACAACUGCCGGUACUGUCUUUGAAGACCACGAGGUCAAGAUGCUGGAGCUGAAGCCUGUGUCUGUAUGGCGGCACAUAUCCCCUUCGCUGGGUGCGUACGAAGACGGGCCAGUGCUGUACAACUUCAGCAGCAGCAGCAGCAGCAGCAGCAGCAGCAGCAGCAGCAGCAGCAGCAGCAGCGGGGGCAGCGUGAUGAGGGAAAUAAGGCUGGGGAAGGGGAGCUCUCCGACGCUGCACCGUCUGGCUGAGGUGUACGUACACCGCGCGCUGCUGCUGCUGCGGGGCUGCAGCAUUCGCAAAAGCGCCAUUUUUCCUUCUUUUGCAAUUGUUGCAAAAAGCCAAGAAAGAGUUUUUGUUUUGCCUCUCGAGGAUUUAAAAGUGCCCCUCAGGGCCCUCCAUUGGGCCCUCAAAGAAGCAGAAAAAGAAAAGGAAAAAGAAAAUGAAAAAGAAAUUCAAAAAGAAAUUCCAAAAAAGUCCAAAAAUCCAAAAAAUGAUAAUUCAGAGGAACCCGUUUUCACUUUCGCACUUUACCUCAAAAAUAUACUCAAGUCCGAAGUCAGUCAUUAA